UUAGCCAGUACUUUUAAAAGCACACAUCUAAUCAAUAAACACUUCUUGGAAUAUUCAUACAUUUUCUGUCUGCAGCUCGUGGGUAUUAUUUUUGUACGAUGACUUCAUGGAAAAACAAAAAAUUCUUUAAAGAUCGAGCAAGCAACUCAUUUCGAAUCCCUGAAAUUAAAACUGUAUUCCGAGAAUUGGUAUGUGCAGGAAUCCAAGUUGGUGGUGGCGUGUAUCUUGCCGCCUACACGUACAAUAAUCCAACUUACAAGAUUUUGCCCUUCAUGUAUUCUGCAGUUGCCAUCGGCGGAGCUUAUAAUGUCUUCAAAAUUCUGCUGAAACAUUACCCUCCAAAAUAUAUUGAAACUAAUAGAAUUCGGACAGCAUGGGAAUUGGCAAAUGGAGCUCUCGCCUAUUCUGUAGGAGUCUAUGGAUUCAGUGAGUACUUGAAACAAGAGGAUGAAAUGUGGAUCCCUUCUCUCGCAAUUGCUGCAUCUGGUUACUAUUUCUCUAAAACAGCUGUUGAUGAUUUGAUGCCAAUUUUUAAUAUGGACCCAUUUUUUCUAUGCUUUCAACUGAUGUCUGAACCAGUACUAAUAGCAUAUGCAGCCACAUAUUUGAUUUAUUUUCAAAAUCAUGAAGAAAGCUGCAUCUAUUGGCUUCCAUUCGUAUUUAUAGGGAUUAUUGGAUUUAAGAUUGCCACUGAUGGUUUCAGUAAAGCUGAUACUAUAGUAAGAAAAUUGUUUCUGUUUAAAGUGAUUAAAACAAUGAUGGGAAGUUGCUUAUUUGCCUUGAGCAGUCUUGUUUUGACUAUUUAUGGAUCAAUGCACGAUUUCCCUCGGCUUUGGAAUAUUUUGAUGAUUGUUAUGGACUUCUUUGCCGCAUUUCUCAUCUAUGGAUCACUUACAUGUCUUCGGCGGUAUACUGACUUGGAUACGCAAGUAUUUUACUCCCUCGCUAACAUGACGGCUGGACCACUGACUAUCUUGACCUCUUGUCUGUCGUUUCACUUCGUGGAAGAUACAACUAUGAAGUAUUUUAUAUUCAUAUCUCUUGCUGGAUUAGGCAAUUUUCUUGUCUGCCGAUCGGUCCAUCAGUUUUACAAAGUUAUUCCUAGGCCAGUAGGCUAUCGAAGAUAUUAUGAACGUUUAUUGGGCCCCGUGAUGAUUGCAUACAGCUCUUUGGCUACAGCAUGGGUUUGUUACCGAAUGGAUUGGCGAUUCUCUUUAGUGGUGAUACCUUUCAUACCUACUGGAAUGUAUGCUACAUAUAGAGGUUACAGAAAGAACUGAUUAAUCCAAGUGACAAGGCUUUGAUGUAGCAUCUGCAAUGUGAAUAUGCAUCGAAAUACCAUCAAAUUUCAUCUUUUCAUUUUAUGUGCUGUUCUAUACAAUUAUUCAUAUUACCUCAAUGACCUUCAUAAAUUUAAAAUGUUCAAAACGUAAAUUCAUGUUUAUUUUUUUUUUUAAGAUUUUAGACUUGUUCAGCCUUGGCGAACUAUUGAUUUUAUUUCCAUGUUUAACUUUUUAUUAAAUAGAGUUAUUAAAUGUUUUAUGAAUAUUUUGCUCACUUAACUUUUCAUUGCAUUGAAUAAAGAAAAUUUUUUAUCAUU